AUGGGUUGCAGUGCUUCGGUGCCAACAGUUAGUUCUUUCAAUGCUCAUCAUCUCACGUCUUCAUCAUCACCACCGACGGCACUACCAAAAAAUUUGGAGAUUGCAAAGCGUGAUCGUCGACGCAUUGAACCACAAGAACUUAUUCAAAAGUUUCUGUUGGUUUGGCUAGACGCAUAUAUAGAUGAAUCUACUGAUGAUUUUCGUAAUUCAAUGAAACAAUUCCGUCGCACAGUUAAUACAAUUGAAACAUUUCAAGAUACCGACGAAUGCAUCAAUUAUAUAACGAAACUUGAAAAUAAAAAAGUAUUUCUCAUUAUUUCUGGUGCUCUGUGUCAAACUAUUGUACCAAAUAUUCAUCAACUUGAUCAAAUCUACUCAAUCCAUAUAUUUUGUCGAAAACCAUCGAAGUACCAAGAAUGGGCGAACGACUGGUCUAAAGUGAAAAGUAUUGUCACGGAAAUUACUUCAAUUUGUGACUCAGUUCGACAAUCGGCUCGACAAUGUGACGAAGAUUUGGUCAUGAUUAGUGCUGUAUCAUCAUUAAAUCAAAUUGAGCCGUCAUUUAUGUACACACAAUUAUUUAAAGAAAUCCUUUCUGAAAUCGAAUUUGAUAAAAACAAAGAAAUCAAUAAACUAGCUGAAUACGCCCGCGAAAAGUAUACCGGCAACGAUGAACAUCUAAUGAUGAUCGAUGAAUUUGCCCGACAUUAUCAAAAUGAUUCAAACGAGAACAAAGCUAUUUGGUGGUAUACACGUGAAUGUUUCACAUACCACAUGCUCAACAAAGCCCUGGGAAGUCUUCAAGUUGAAACUCUGCUCAAUAUGGGUGUCUUCAUUCUUGAUCUUCACCAAAAUAUUACCAAACUUCAUUUCGAACAAUCAAAUAAAGCACCCACGACAACAACAAUUACUGUCUAUCGGGGAAAAACAAUGAGCAAGCAGGAUUUCGAAAACAAAAUUAAACCAGAUGGACUUAUUUCAUUCAAUAACUUCUUAUCCACAAGUGAAGAUCAGAAAGUAGCCACACGUUUUGUAACAGAUGCACUACAAUCAAACAACAAAAACAAAAUAGGUGUUCUGUUCGAAAUGACAAUUGUGCGAUCGAUUUCAUCGGCUCCAUUCGCCGCAAUACAUGGAAUUAGUUUUUUCCCAACAGAAAGUGAAAUUCUUUUUUCAAUGCAUACUGUUUUUCGUGUUCAACAAAUCAAACACAUAGAAGAGAAUGGCAUAAAGCUACAACAAGUAAAACUAACACUCACCAGUGAUAAUGAUGAUCAACAGCUCAAUGCACUUACCCAACACAUCCGAGACGAAAUCACUGGAACAGGAUGGCAACGAAUGGGUUCGCUGCUAUGGAAAAUGGGGGAGAACAAUAAAGCCGAACAAGUCUAUACAAUGUUACUGGCCAAUGCCACCGAUGACAGUGAUAAAUAUAACUGUUACAACGAACUUGGAAUCAUCAAGCAGAAUCAAGGAGAAUAUCGUAUGGCCGUUGACUUAUACGAAAAAUCCCUCGCUAUCAAACAAAACACUCUCACAACGAAUCAUCCCUCAUUGGCUGAUUCCUACAACAACAUCGGUUCGGUGUAUGAUAACAUGGGUCAGUACUCGAAAGCACUUUCAUCAUACGAACGAGCACUUGAAAUAAAGAAAAUAGCUCUCCCUCCGAAUCAUCCCGACUUGGCUGCUUCCUACAACAACAUCGGUUCGGUGUUUGAUAACAUGGGCGAGUACUCGAAAGCACUUUCAUCGUACGAACGAUCACUUGAAAUACAGAAAAUAGCUCUCCCUCCGAAUCAUCCCGACUUGGCUGCUUCCUACAACAACAUCGGUUCGGUGUAUAAUAACAUGGGCGAGUACUCGAAAGCACUUUCAUCGUACGAACGAUCACUUGAAAUGCGGAAAAUAGCUCUCGCUCCGAAUCAUCCCGACUUGGCUGGUUCCUACAACAACAUCGGUAUGGUGUAUGAUGACAUGGGCGAGUACUCGAAAGCACUUUCAUCGUACGAACGAUCACUUGAGAUAAAGAAAAUAGCACUCCCCCCGUAUCAUCCGACUAUUGUGAAUGUCAAAAGAAACAUUGAAAAUGUAAAAAGGAAAUUGUAA